CGGGCCCAGCCUACGGCGAUCCGCUGCUUCGUGGGGGAGUGGGUCCCGCCCCCAUGUGACGGCCCGGCAGGGAAUUGGCGGCGGCGUGCAGCCAUUUCCGGUUUCGGGGAGGUUGGAGGGGUGCGGAGGGGGACUUGGAGCCGCUGCCGCCUCGGCCGCCGCUUACGGAUCCUGCCUUGCGCCUAGUGCUGCCGGGACGAUGCGGACGGAGCCCGGAGGGUGCUGCUGCCGUCGCCCGGUGCGGGCGAACGACUGCGUGGCGAACGGGGAGGUGCGCAACGGGUACGUGAGGAUCAGCGCCGCUACUGCCGCCGCCGCUGCCGGCCAGAUACAUCAUGUUACACAAAAUGGAGGACUAUAUAAAAGACCGUUUAAUGAAGGUUUUGAAGAGACGCCAAUGCUGGUUGCUGUGCUUACUUAUGUGGGGUAUGGUGUCCUCACUCUCUUUGGAUAUCUUCGAGAUUUCUUAAGGCAUUGGAGAAUUGAAAAGUGUCACCAUGCAACAGAAAGAGAAGAACAAAAGGACUUUGUGUCAUUGUAUCAGGAUUUCGAAAACUUCUAUACAAGGAACCUCUACAUGAGGAUUAGAGACAACUGGAAUCGGCCCAUCUGCAGUGUGCCUGGGGCCAGGGUGGACAUCAUGGAGAGACAGUCUCAUGAUUACAACUGGUCGUUCAAGUACACAGGGAAUGUAAUUAAAGAUGUUAUAAACAUGGGUUCCUACAACUAUCUUGGGUUUGCACGGAAUACUGGACCAUGUCAAGAGGCGGCUGCCAAAGUCCUGGAGGAAUAUGGAGUUGGAGUGUGCAGCACUCGGCAGGAAAUUGGAAACCUGGACAAGCAUGAAGAGCUAGAGAAGCUUGUGGCAAAUUUCUUGGGAGUGGAAGCUGCUAUGACAUAUGGCAUGGGAUUUGCAACAAACUCAAUGAACAUUCCUGCUCUUGUUAGCAAAGGUUGCCUGAUUCUGAGUGAUGAACUGAACCAUGCAUCAUUGGUUCUAGGAGCCAGACUCUCAGGAGCAACCAUUCGAGUCUUCAAGCACAACAAUAUGCAAAGCCUAGAGAAGUUGUUGAAAGAUGCCAUUGUUUAUGGUCAACCUCGGACACGAAGGCCCUGGAAGAAAAUUCUAAUCCUUGUGGAGGGAAUAUAUAGCAUGGAGGGAUCUAUUGUUCGCCUUCCUGAAGUGAUUGCCCUUAAGAAGAAAUACAAGGCAUACUUGUAUCUAGAUGAAGCUCACAGCAUUGGGGCUCUGGGCCCUACAGGCCGAGGUGUGGUGGAUUACUUUGGCCUGGAUCCUGAGGAUGUGGACAUUAUGAUGGGAACAUUCACAAAGAGCUUUGGUGCUGCUGGAGGAUACAUCGGAGGCAAGAAGGAGCUGAUCGACUACCUGCGGACACAUUCUCAUAGUGCAGUGUACGCCACGUCACUGUCACCACCUGUUGUGGAGCAGAUCAUCACUUCUAUGAAGUGCAUCACGGGGCAGGACGGCACCACCCUUGGAAGGCAGAUUAUAUCAGCAUAUCCAGGAAAUCUAAGAAGAUUAGGAGCUGUGUAAUGGAGUAUAAUGUGAGUUAGGGGAUCAACUCUGACUGAACAUCAGUCAUAUUUGUGUCCUUUAUUUUGAAAGAUUUUGGUUAACACCGGAAAUGUUUUUUUUGAAGUUGCAGACUCAAACUCAUUUUGCUGAUUAUAAGUUAUAUAAAAGCUCAUCAGCUAAAUUGAAAGUUAUAUUGCUGUGUGAACAGGUGAGUACUUGCUAUAUUUUUUGAAGCCUGAGUUCUGAGUAGUUAGCACUAAUGCCAUUUAAGACAAAAUAUCUGCUACCUUUUGUAUUUCUUGUUUUGUGCAUAGAUCUUAUCUUUUUUUUUUUUUUAACUGGCCCUGAGACUUCAGAAAAUUUUUAUCUCAUGGAACACCAUCUGUUCUGAUUAAUAACUGUCUGGGAGGGCUUACAGAAUUUUAUUUGAGUAAUAACAGAGUAGUUCCUUCAAACCCUAAGAUUACAAGCCUGAGAACCCAGAGAAAUCUGGAUUAAGACUUGGUAAAAAUAUUUCUUUUGAAAAUGUCUGGAAUGCAGUUAGUACAACUGCAAAUCUGUUUAGCAGUGGUUAAUAAAUAUAACUCUCUUUGUAAUUCUGUAUUGUAAAAGUGAUUUAAAGUUAUCAAUAUAUAAUGGUUAUCAAUACGUAGAUAAUUGUGCUGUUCCUUCUACCUCCAUCUUCCACCCUUUUUAGGCUUUCUAUUUCCUUAAAAGAAAUAAUGAUGCCAUCAUUAUUUCUUAAAACUAAUGAUGCCAUCACAACCUAUUGAUCCAUCAUAUUCAUUACUUCCCUCCUUAGCAUAAAAUUUAUUACAAGAAGUUCAGGACUAAAAAAUGACCAGUUAAAGUUAUCUGCUACAUUUUCUGGGACAUUAACUACACAUAUGUGUUUACUUUUCUCUCUUUCAUGCCAGGCUGUAGGUUUUAAUUGAAGAGAUUCUAAAAAUGGCUUCAUUCUAACAAAUUGUAUUAAGAAAUUCCAGAAGGACAGCCAACACAGUAAGGUUCAUUUGUGAACUUCAAGAGAAUCAGUACAGAGGUUUUCUCUAAAUUGCUUUUACGCUUUUUAUCACCCUUAAAAGUAAAGAUUUAUGUUUGAAAAGUAGAGAAGAAUGCUGAUCUCUUAUAUUACCAUCUGUGUUCUCUCUGAGGCAAGGAUAAAGACCUUUUAAGAGUUAGUAUCUUUUUUUUUAAUAUAUUUAUUUAUUUUUGGCUGCACUGGGUCUUUGUUGCUGUGUGCGGGCUUUCUCUAGUUGCGGCGAGUGGGGGCUACUCUUCGUUGUGGCGUGCGGGCUUCUCAUUGUGGUGGCUUCUCUUGUUGUGGAGCACGGGCUCUAGGCGCUCAGGCUUCAGUAGUUGUGGCAUGUGGGCUCAGUAGUUGUGGCUCGCGGGCUCUAGAGCGCAGGCUCAGUAGUUGUGAUGCACGGGCUUCGUUGCUCCGCAGCAUGUGGGAUCUUCCCGGGCCAGGGCUCGAACCUGUGUCCCCUGCACCUGCAGGCAGAUUCUUAACCACUGCGCCACCAGGAAAGCCCAGUAUCUUUUUUUUUUAACAAGGCUAACCUUUCUUUGUUUUUAAGUUUGUGUUAGACCAAAUACUUGCUGCAGCUCUGCAGUAAGAAAACUCUUUAGAACUGAGCUAGCAGAUUGGACUUAAGUACCAUGCUUCUUGUAUUAAUAUUAACUGGUAUUUUAUAUGAUAUUUAAUUCAAAAUGGGUAACAGUGUUGUCUUUAAAAUUCAGUGUCACUUCAGGAAUAAGGGAUAACCACUUUCCCAAUACGUAUAACUGCAAAAGCUUACUGAUUUGUAAGUAACUUAACUUGGCUGCUUUUCCUAUUAUUAUCUUUGAAAUUAUUAGGUUGAAUCAGAAGAAAUCGCCUUUUUAAGGUCAAAAAUAGUCAAAUAUUGGCAGUUUCAUGGUUCAGCCUAGUAGUUUUGUUGGAUAAACAGACCACUUAAUUUCUGGGAUUCACUAUGACCACUAUUUCUAAUUGAGUUUGCUUUUCUCCAGCACUGGUCUUGAUUCCUCCCCUCAGUCUUUAUUCCCUACUCACCAGUGAUGAUUGCAGUUUGCUAUUCCAGAUGAGUUUAUUGGAAGAACUACUUUCCACUUAUCUCAUACUUGCCUUGUGUCUUAGGCUCCUUCACCCAUUCAUCCCUAUCCUAUUCAUUGCUAGUAAGUGCCGUUUAAAAAGUAAAAUACAGAUAUUGUUACCCAGUAAAGGGUUAAACACUUGAAAGUUUGAAAAGUACAUAAUUUCUUGCUGUGGUUUAGAAGAAAAAGCGCUAAACGGGAGUCAGAACCUUGAUCUUCCUCCUACUGAAUGAAAAGCCUUAGAGAAAGUAGUUUAACAUUUAUGGGCCUGUUUCUUUGUGUAUAAAGUAUAAAUACAGUUUACCUGUGAACAACAGAGGUUUAAACUGCCCAGGUCCACUUACAUGUAGAUAUUUUUCAACAAUAAAUGCUGCAAUACUACGUGGUCCCUGGUUGGUUGAAUCUGCAGACCUCAGCUAUGGAGGGCCGACUCUAAAUUAUAUGGAUUAAGGGUCAACUGUAGUACAUUCUUUUACCAUAUCCACCUAAAGCAGUUAGAAGCAAAUGAAACUGAGCUGUUAGUUGCUAAUUAUAGUAAUUCUUCCCUUAUUUGGGCAUGACUAAGAUGCUUAAAUAAAUAUUUAGGAGAGAAUUUUUUUUAAUUGAAGUAUAGUUGAUUUACAAUAUUGUGUUAGUUUCAGGAGUAUAGCACAGUGAUUCAUUAUUUUUGCAGAUUAUAUUCCAUUAUAGGUUAUUAUAAGAUAAUGGGUAUAAUUCCCUGUGCUAUACAGUAAAUUCUUUUGCUUAUCUAUUUUAUGUAUAGUAGUUUAUAUCUGUUAAUCCCAUAUUUUUAAUUUGUCCCUCUCCCCUUCCCUCUCUCCUUUGGUAACCAUAAGUUUGUUUUCUAAGUCUGUAAGUCUAUUUCUGUUUUGUAGAUAAGUUCAUUUGUAUCAUUUUUUUAGAUUCCACAUAUAAGUGAUAUCAUAUGAUAUUUGUCUUUCUCUGUCUGAACUUAGUAUGAUAAUCUCUAGGUCCAUCCAUGGUGCUGCAAAUGGCAUUCGUUCUUUUUUUUAAUGGCUGAGUAAUAUUCCACUGUGUGUGUGUGUAUACACAAACACACACACUUGCACACACACAUCUUUGUCCAUUCAUCUGUCGAUGGACGUUUAGGUUGCUUCCAUGUCUUGGCUGUUGUAAAUAGUGCUGUGAAUACUGGGGUGCACGUAUCUUUUAGAAUUAGAGUUUUCGUCUUUUCCAGAUAUAUGCCCAUAUAAGUGAUACCAUAUAGUAUAUGUCUUUCUUUGUCUGACUUAUUUAACUAAGCAUAAUAUUCUCUAAGUCCGUCCCUGUUGCUGCAAAUGGCAUUAUUUCAUUCUUUCUUAUGGCUGAGUAAUAUUCCGUUGUAUAUAUUCCAUAUCUUCUUAAUCCAGUCAUCUGUUGAUGGACACUUGGGUUGCUUUCAUGUCUUGGCUACUGUAAAUAGUGCUGCUGUGAACAUUGGGGUGCAUAUAUCUUUUAGAAUUAGUGUUUUCUUUUUUUCCAGAUAUAUACCCAGAGGUGGAAUUGCUGGAUUAUAUGGUAGUUCUAUUUUUAUCAAUAGUUUUUUAAGGAACCUCCAUACUGUUUUCCAUAGUGUCUGCACCAAUUUACAUUCCGACCAGCAGUGUACAAGGGUCCCUUUUAUCCACAUCCUCUAUUUAGGAGAGAAUUCUUUUUUUUUUUUUUUUUAAUUUUUUGGCUGCACCACAUGGCAUGUGGGAUCUUAGUUCUCUGACCAGGAAUCAAACCUGUGCCCCCUGCAUUGACAGCACAGAGUCUUAACCACUGGACUGCCAGGGAAGUCCCUCAGAGAGAAUUCUUUUAAAUCUGAACUUUAUAACUGCCAAAAUGAAAGUUGGUAAUCUCAAGUCUAAUGUCCAUUAACACAUAAAUGGGUAAACAAAUUGUGGUAUAUCUUUGGUAAGGAAUACUAUUCAGCAAUAAUAAGGAUAUAUAAGUUGGGAAUUUUAAAUGCCUAUUCUCAGUAUCUUCCAGUUUUGCCUAUGAAUGUUAUUUUAGAUGUGUUUUCUUUUGGGACUCUUCUUGUCAAGGAACAGAUGACAAUGAAUGGUGAGACUGAGAUUUCCACUUGCUUUUGUUACAGAGAACUUGCUUAGAAUGAUAUAGCCAUAGGUGGAAAAGGUAAGGUCUAAAUCUCUUAGCAUUUCUUCUUCUCCUUGAUAAUUUUUCUUGAUAAUCUUGGAAUAAGAAAAAAAUAUUUUAACAAAAGGUAGUUUGUGAUAAGAAAAAGGUAGCGAGUUGUAAAAUAAUAAGUGGUACAGGAAAAAUUAAUGUACACUAAAUUAGCAGAUGUGUCACACAGUUUCUAAAAACCUUUAAUAUCAUUUAUAUACAAUAAAAUUCACCGAUUUUAAGUGUGUAAUUCCAUGAGUUUUGACAAAUGUAUACAGUCAUGUAACCAUACCAUAACUGAAGUAUAAAAUGUUUUUGUCACCCCUGAAAAGUCCCCUUCAUACCGCUCUGCUGUCAGUCCUCUCUCCAUUCCCUGGCAACCACUAAUCUGUUUUCUAUCAUUGUAAUUAUGUCUUUUUAAGAAUUUCCUAUAAAUGAAUUCACAAGUGUAUAGUCUUUUGUGUCUGACUUAUUUCAUUUAACAUAAUCCUUUUGAGAUUCAUCAUUUUUGCAUGUAUCAGUUGUUCCCUUUUUAUGUAUUUUCUUUCUGUCUUCAUCAUGUUUCCUCUACUUUUCUGAAUGUAUGGAGUAUAUUUAUAAUAACAUUUUUGUAUCCUUGUCUGCUAAUAUUCUGUCAUUUCUGGUCUGUUUCUAUUGAUAGACUUUUCUCCUAGUUGGUGGGUCAUAUUUUCCUGUUUCUUUGAAUGCCUAGAAUUUUUUAUUAUACGUCACACAUUGUGAAUUUUACAUUACUAGGGGCUGCAUUUUGUAUUCAUUUAGGUAAUAAUGUUGGACUUUGUUCUUGGAAUCAAUUGGAUCCUUUUAAGACUUGCUUUUAAGGGGUGUUAGGGUGGGCCAGAGCAAGUUUUAGUCUAGGGCUAAUUUAGCUCCACUACUAGUGUGAUUCUGAGGUCUUUCCAUUUUGGUUGGUGAAAAGAGAAGCUAUUCGCAACUGUAUGAGUGCUGGGAAUUGUUCAGUCUGCUGCUUUCUGUUGGAGCUUUCUCCAGCCCCUCAUAGUUUCUUCUCAUACGUGUUCAGAUCAGCACUUUGCCAAAUGCUCUUCUGUGGACCCCCAAAGGUCUCUUGUGCACCUUCCUCCUCCCCUGUUGUGUGCCCAGUAAAUUCUAGCCACCUUAGCCUCCCCAACUCCAAAAUCUGAUGUCUUCGACUGACAAGACUAGGUCCCCACUCCUGGAGCAGCCCGGGACCUGUCUCCAGGUGGUAUGAGGACAGUCCAGAGACUCACUUCUGUUUUCCCUUCUCUGCAGCAGCACAGUCCCCCACUGCCUGGGGCCCAGUGUCUGAAAACCAUUUUGUAAUAUACUCUGUCCAGCUUUCUGUUGUUUACAAACAGGAAAGAAAAUCCGGUUCCUAGUACUUUAUCAUGGCUGGAAGUGGAAGUCUCUUAUUCUAAAUGUAGAGUAAGCAUGUGUUGGUAUUUCUAGGGGAAAAUUAGAGUACGUGGCUCAUCAGUUGUCAACAUAAACUUAACAUACCUUAAUGUCUGUUUUAAUAUGUGUAAGAUGUAUGUCAUAACUUAAGUGAUGUUCUUCAGGGUUCACACUAAACUAAUCUAAGCUUGUAUGUGCUUCUCCGGUCAACUUGAAAUUAUUUACAUAUAGAGUAUUAAUUUGGGGUUAUUUGUAGCAAACUUAUCUAGAGUAGUUUCCCAUCAAUGACGGAUAUGUUAGCGUUUUGAUUCUAAGGACGUUUGUUAGUCAUCUGUAUUUGCAAUUGAUUAACUUACCUUUGAGCUGUAUGGUUGUAUUUUUUAAAAUAUGAAUUUGCUUGCUUUCUAAUAUAUGUGAAAAUGACUGCAACCUUUUCUUAUUUGUGAGUAUUUGUGAUUUAGAAAACCAUAAAACAGUUCUUAGCCCUUUGCAAGCUGAUCUUUUGAAUUUAUGUCUUGCUCUCUGUAACAGAACGGUUGUUUUUGGACAUCUGUUCAUAGAUUGACCUACCAUAAAGUCAAAACCAGGCCAAAUAUUUAGUCAAUCAGCAGUUAGAGAAAUGUGUGUCUUAAUCCAUUUGUGUUUUAGGGAAGAUGAACAAAGUAGGAUUAAAAAUAUGAUUUUUACAUUAUUAUAUGUAUAUGCUAUUGCUGUCUGGUAGAAGUUUUAGGGAAAUGGUAACAUAAACUCUUAAGAGGAAAAUAUGGGGCUCUGAAUGAUUCUGUCUCUGGUCUUAUGUGUAAAAUUAUUUGCAGCACGGUUUUUGGAAUGAAUAUUGAAGUUGAGAGGCCUAGCUUCUAGUCAACUGUGCCACUCAUUAUUGUGUAACUGUAGGCCACCCACAACCUUUGUGAGUCUCCUAAUAUAUAAAAUGAGAAUGAUAAUAAUUAUCCAACCUACUGUAAAGGGGUGGUAGAGUGUUAAAUGAGGUAGUGUCAAUGAAAAUGUUUGAAGAUGCUAAUGUGCCAUGGAAAUACUGGUCAUUAAACUUUAUUUUGUACAUUACUAUAAAAUCUGCUAUCAACACCUACUAUGACAGAAUACAAACACAAGAUAUAUUUGUUUCUACUUACAUUCCAUACAGUUUACUGUGCAAAAAUAUUUUAUAUGGGAAAGGAAGAAACAAAACAUAGAAUUGAUUGAUAGAAUAGAGAUGGAGGAGGUUGCUGUCUUUUUCCACUUCUUCUUUCUUAGUAUUAUUUUGUUUCCCUCCCCAUGAUU